AGAGAUCAAUAGGUGCAUAUUUUUUUCUGAUUUUUCUCACCGUAUAUUAUAUUUUUCACUUGGGGUCCCUUCAAAAGGACAUUUGGAUAAAAAAGAAUUUAUAAUAAUGAAUCUAUAAUAGACAACAUAGUAAAUAUACAAAAGGCUAGUAUAACGAGCAUGAGUCACUAUAUUAUUAUAUUAUAUAAUAAUUUCAUAAUUCUUAUUAUUACACAUUAUAUAACAAUAACAACAGAUAACGGUUAUUUUUAAUUUUUAUUAAAAUAAAAUAAAAAAUGGAUCUAUCGUGGACAACACUUUUAAUAAUGCCAUUUUUCAAACAUACAUUAUAUAUUUUUGCGUUAAAGUAUAUAUUUUCAAGAAAUAUAAUUAUUGUCAUCUUAGCAUGAAAAUAGUAUUCAUAAUGUGGUCAUUGGUUAGUUUCACUUUUCAUGCAAUAGGAAAUAUAAUUUUGCAAAUCUAGAGGGUUCUUUCAUCUUUGGGAAAGCAACUGUACCUAUAGAUACUUUUGUGUACACUUGCGUCCCACUAAGAUAUGGAUUAAAGUAAUAAUAUAAAUAAUAAUUUAAAUCACAUUAGGAAUAAUUAUAAGAAUUGUAAUAAAAACAUAAAUGUGAAAAUGUGUAGGUUGACGUAUAUUAUAUUACUAUAUAAAUUAUAAAUUAUGGUAUUUGUCACUUGGCAUAAUAUUUUAUUACUAAAAUGCAAAUACCAUUCAAACAUAAUAUUAAAUGAGCAUAUUCUGCAAACAAUAUUUUGUGUAUUUUAUACACAUUAAAUUAAUUGCAUGUUUAGCGCAAUAUUGACCUGCGUUAUCUUAGGUACCUCGGAGAACUAAUAUUUGAUUCAAUACUACGUAUUUAUUUACCUCUAGAUGAAAAUAUUUAUUUAUAUCAAGUCUAUACUUAUUAUUUAUAUUGGUUCGUACUUUUAUUUAAUAAGCUGUUAAAUAAUAGUUACUUACAAAUUACAAUAGAACCAUACUAAGUGCGAAAAUUAGAAUAGAAAUUGGUUUUAAAUAGACAUCAACCAAUCGGUGCGAUCAUUACCAUUCUCUAAUAUCACAACAACUGCCACCUUCACAACAUUUAACGAUCCCAAUAAAUACGAUUCCCUAUCUGUAGCAACAUUAAAUAUUCAUACUAUUAUAUAAGUGACGAACUAGUAUAAUCACAAGCAAUUCAUCAUAAUUUGUAUGCAGUAUUCUUUAUGUUUUAGUCUAUCGUUAUUCGUCAGUGCAAUACCACGUUUUAAAACUUUCAAUUCAUUUAUAAUUUCUCAAACAAAGAGUUUGUAGUGUGAAUAUGGAAAAAUCACCAAAUGAAGAAGAAGAAAAAUUAGAAAUAUUUGAAGUUCCAUCUCAGUCUUUGCCGGAAAAAUCAAACUUGAAGGGUGAUUGGCUGAACUUCUUUCUAUUGAUAUUAUUAUACACAAUACAAGGAUUACCUUUGGGUUUAGCCAUUGCUUUACCGAUAAUUUUUCAAAGUAAAAAAAUUGUGUCCUAUAAAGAACAGGCUUUUUUCAGUUUAGUUGCAUGGCCAUAUAGUGUAAAAAUUUUAUGGGCGCCAAUAGUAGACUCACUGUACGUACAAUGGAUAGGCAGACGAAAAUCUUGGCUCAUGUUCGUUCAAUACUUGAUGGGGGUGGUUUUACUCUAUACGGCCAUUAACAUCGACGAGUGGUUGCCGGACUCUGAAAUACCUAAUCUCAAAGCGCUGGUGUCUACGUUUUGUGUCAUCAGCUUCUUGGCCGCAACACAAGAUAUAGUUGUCGAUGGAUGGGCACUGACAAUGCUGAAAAAGAACAACGUGGGUCAUGCGUCCACGUGCAACGGGACGGGUGUAGCAUUGGGUGUGCUUAUAGGUACAAUUUGUCCUGUUUUACUUACAUCAGAAGACUUUUGUAAUAAAUACUUACGGAUAACGCUCAGCACAGGAGGCAUAAUCACUAUAAAAGGUUUUUUGUAUUUUUGGAGCUUCAUAAUUAUGUUGAUAACAACAUUUAUUGGUAUAUUCAAAAGAGAAAUGGAUAACAGAUUAGAAGAGGGGCACGUACAAAUUAACGUUUUUAAAAGCUAUAAACUUCUUUGGAGAAUUUUUAAGCUGCCUAAUAUUCGAGUAUUGGCAGUUGCAUUGUUAACAAUGAAGAUUGGAUUUUCGGCAACUGAUUCUGUGUCAAAAUUAAAACUAAUUGAUGCCGGUGUAUCUAAAGACGAUAUAAUGAUAAUAACUAUAUCAAUGUAUAUAGUGAAAUUUAUUGUACCUAUCGUUGUAUCAAAAUAUACUUCAGGUACAAAACCGAUGAGUGCAUACCUGAAUUUAAUGCCAAUCAGGUUACUUUGGAGCAUUGCUUAUGUUGUAUUAAUUUACUACACGCCAAUUUUGAUUAAAAAUAAUGGAGUUGUAAAUGUACCGACAUAUUAUUAUUUGAUUUUAGUAUUUAUAAGUAUAAUACAUGAGAUUUUAGCAUACACUAUGUACCUUUUCACAUUAGGAUUUUUCUCUCGGAUAAGUGACUCACGUUUUGGCGGUACAUACAUGACGAUGUUGUCGACGAUUGCCAGUUUUGGAUGGGUAGUAUCACAUACUUUGGCACUGCGAAUGAUUGACGUGCUCACGUUCAGUAAAUGUUCAAAUGAUGAUGAAAAUAAUUGUUCUACGACAGAUUUGAGAAACAUGUGCAAAAUAAAGGGAGGUGAUUGUAACAUUAUUGUAAAUGGAUACUAUAUAGAAGUUGCACUGUGCAUGGCAAUUGGAUUUGUUUGGUAUUUUUUGUACAAAAAAACCAUACAAAAUCUUCAAACAAAGAGUCUUUCCAAUUGGCAAUUGAACCUAAAUCGACUAGAACGAGAAAAAAACGAAGAGUCUUAGUGUAAAUAAACAUGAAAUAUAAUAUACGUAGAUGACUUCUAAGAAAUGUACAAAUUGUUUUACAUUGUGCCUAUGAAUUAUAAAUACUUUAGAAUUCUGUUGUUUUUUUUUUUUUUCAUUAUUAUUAUUCGAUUUGAAAUAUUUUAAAUUUUAGAAAUUAAAAUUAUUAAUUAUUUUCUUACACCUAAAUAUAUUUGUGACUUGUGUGUAUUAAUAUAUUAUUUACUACUAUCUUA